AAGGCUGGUAGUGGGUCAGUCACUGUUCUCAUUCACCCCAUUUAUCAGUAUUAACCAUUGCUAGGAUGUUUGUGAGGGUGAAUCUUACUUUAGUCAUCUUAAUGCAUUAUACAGAAGCAUGCCUGUCCCAGUUCCUCUCUCUCCUUUUUACGCUCAGAUUACGUUUGAAGAUGUGGCUGUACGUUUCACGGAGGAGGAAUGGUGCGGCUUGCAGGACUGGCAGAGAAAUCUUUACAUCGAUGUAAUUAUGGAAACCUAUGCCAUGUUCCAAUUCCUUGGUAACAGCGAGCAGGGGGCAGGAUGGCAUCUCUUGGACGGGCCCCCGAUGAGAAAUGAAGGGGUUAAACCGGACCUAAUAACUGCCCUAGAAAAAUGGAGAGAUCAGCGCACCAACAAACGUGCAGUUUCCCAAAAAGGGAGAGGAUUCUCUGUAAUUUCUCCUCAGCUAAAGAAGGCCGUGCCCGGUGAGAAGAAGAAACGUGGAGAGCGAUGGAAUGUAUCUGCUCUCCAAAAUGAAAUCGCAGCUUAUAAAGAGAUAAGAUUGAUCCUUAAAAUCCUGCAGGGCCUGAAAAAGGAACAGCGAACACUCAGGACAGAAAUUGAGCGCUCUCGACAGGAAAUAAUGGAAAAAUUGGGGGAGAUAAGCAAGGGUUUUUGUCCAGACAGGACAUCUAAAGAUCCCAUCACAACUCCCUCUGAAUAUGUUCAGGAUCUUCCUCCCUCACCAGAUGAACCAAGUAAUUAUUGUUUCCCAAAUUAUGAAUUCCCUACAAUGACGGCAGAUACCCCUGUCACAAACAGGAGAUUGUGUUCUAGCCCUUUGACGGCCGAAAACAUGCUUGUAUUCCCAGAAGAACCAGAUAUUCUCAAAGACCCCACCUUAAACGGAAUAGCUCUACCCAAGCAUGCGCAGAUCAAAACUUCUGCAUCUCCAGACCUUCCAGUAGUGGGAUCUACUCUUCAGACCACCACCGCUGCUGUAUUCACAGACCAGUCCAUCAGUAUACCUACUUUAACAUUAACUUUUCCUUCUGGAAGCAGAACCACAGAUUACAUGAUUUCAAUUUCAGAUGGAGAAUCGAGUUCUUCAAACCUGGGUGUGACUGAGGUCUCACAUGAUACCAACAGGGACCGCUUGCCAGGAACUACAAAACCGAAAAAGAGAAAGGUGCCGCUUGUUAAAGCAUCAAAGACUUCAUGUUCUUCAAAGAAAUCUAGCAUAUUUCAGGAAGCCAGCAAAUUAAAACAAGCCCUUAAUGCUAGCCAAGGGAAGGAAAUGAUCAAGAAAAGGGGUUACACGUCAAAUCAGGAUGCCAAAUAUGUUCCAAAACCCACCAGAAACUCGUCCCCUCCACCAAAAAUACCCAGACUUGCUGCCAGUCACAAGCCCAAAAAGUUGGGACCCUGUCUUCCUGAUAUCAAGAUGUGUUCAGUUAGCGACAGAGACAUUAAAUGUCUCCACCAGUCAUCAAAGGGCAGUUUGCUAAGGUUUGCUGGGCUGGUAUUUAGAACACUCGUCCCAAUGCAAACCUAUCUCCAGUGGUGUCACGUGGCCAACUAUAAUGGCACACACCAAAAAAAAGCUAUUCCACAGAACGUUAAAAAAGAGCUCCUCUCCUACAUGGAAAAGUACUUUUCAAUUACAGAAGCUUCGGAAAACCAGCAGAUCCGGGACGGAGUAAACAACCAGCUGCGCAAUCCCCGGAAAACAAACUCUCACCCUGGGGUUUCUUAAGCCGUGUUCCUUGCUGAGCUGCAUAUGCAAUGAUUGCUGUAUGGUUAACCCAGAGUCCUGAGUGUAUAAAUACCGGUCACAGUGUCAUCUCAUUUGGCUUUGGUUAUGUUACAUAGCUUACAUAGCUGAAAAGAGACUUUCAUCCAUCAAAUUCAGCCAAAAGAAGGCGAAAAACCCAGUCUGAAGCGCUUCCAAUUUUGCAACAAACUAGGAAAAAAAUAUCCUUCUUGACCCCAAAAUAGCAGUCCGAUGUCUCCUUGGAUCAAGCAGCUAUUACCCCACUAAUUAGAAAUUAUAUCCCUGUAUGUUAUGUUUUGCAAGUAUUUAUCCAAUUGCAGUUUAAACAUCUGUAUGGACUCUGAUAAAACCACCUCUUCAGCAGAGAAUUCCACAUCCUCAUUGCUCUUACUGUAAAAAAAAAAAAAAAAAAAAAAACUUUUAGUUUGCCUUAGAUUAAAUCUCUUUUCUUCCAGUUUAAAUGUGUGACCUCAUGUCCUAUGUAUAGCCCUGUUUAUGAAUAGAUUUCCAGAUAAUAGUUUGUACUG